AUGGAUGAGCCAUACGAAUUAGGCAUGAUUCUUGCACAAUUGGUCGAAAAAGACGACAUUCCAAAUUUAAUAACUUUUCUUUUAUUAACUUUAAACAGCAAAAAGCCACCACAACUAUACGAUACAUUAUCAAGUUUACUCUCUAAUAACAAAGAUAAACAGAUUUAUCUCACUUUCGAAGAUCGAAUUCGACCUCAUUUAUCAUUUUUCUUCAGCCAAAUCGAGAAAAUAAGAAAUUGGUCUUUCUUCGAGUUUUACAUGAUUAUCAUCUCAAUAUCACGUCCUUCCCUACGCGUAAAAAUAUCACAAUUAUUCUGGGAUUGUUUAAUAACUGGAAAAGUGACAACAGAUGACAUUUGUCACUUCAUUUCUGAGCAUGACAUCUUUUCACAUUUAUUUACUAAUAUUUCCUUGUUUGUUGACAUCCUUAUGACCACGCCUCCAUCAUUUAUUUCUCUUUCUUCAACUCCUAGAAUAUCAAACAUUAUUUUACAAGUUUUGAAAGUUUACAAUGAAUAUUGUGAAUCAUUUAUCGAACAAAUAUUGUCAUACGCAAUGAACGGUUCUAAAUUUAGUUCAUCAGCGUCACUUUUAACCUUAAUUUCAACAGAUAAAACAAUUUUGUCAAAAACAGUUUUACAAAUUGACGAUAUUUUGACAGAAUCUGCCGCAGUGUCAAUUCCUUGUUUACAAACUAUUUGUUACAUCAUUGCACGAUCAUGUCCGAUAGAAGUCACUUCACCUCUCUAUAUUUCAAUUCAAAAACGUCUUUUGCAUCAUUCCCAGAUAUUGAUUCAAGCAGGAAUAUCUUUGGCUUUCAAUUUUGCAAGAAUUUACAAAAGUGAAGUGACAGAAAUUAUGACAUGGGUGUUUAAAAGUGUCAAUGAUAAUUUUCUUGGUUUGAAACCAUCAAUUCUUUUAUCUGUCGUUGAUAUGAUAUAUACACUUAAUUUAGACGAAAUUUUUUUAGAAGAAAUCAUCACUUUUUGUUUAAAUUUGAUACAUGAUUUGAAAGUUUUAGUUUCUGUUCAAUGGAAAAAGGAUUAUUUGAUGCAGAGAACAAAAGAAACAAUUCAACAGAAAUAUGGAAUAAAACUUGAUACAAUUUCAACACAACAACAAGGUGAACUGGUCGGUGAACUGAUCAUGAUGAUACACAAAUUAAAAAACAAAAACCCUGGAAACGAAAAACUAAAUAAUAAUGAUGUUUUAUCGUUUAUGAAUGAUAUAAAAUCAAUUGGAUUUAUUUUACCGGAUAAAUUAUUCUCGGAAAACAAACAUCUGUCGUACGCAGAAAUGAAACAACUCAUGGUAAUAAGAUCUGCAAUUAUUCCUAUUGUUUGUACAACAAAAGACGAUAGAAUUAAUCGUCAACCGUUUAUAGAUAUUUUAUUUUCUAUCAAUAGCUUUUACAAAAGCCCAAUGAACACAACUAAGAGAUGGUUUAAGGAUUUGCAUCCCGAGAUAACGCAAUACUCCCCUUCUUUUGUUUUUCAUUGUAUUCAAACAGAAAAUUUUCAAUUUCCUCGUGACACUUUUUUUGUUUCAGAAAUUUUUAAUAGUUUAUAUGAUAUUUUCAUUGAUGAUUUGCAUGAGCAAAGGUUCUUCUUUGAUAAUAGAUUUACAUUUGUAAGAGAGGAUUUGGAGAAAGAAAUUCCAAGAAAAAUUUUGGAAAUUUGCGAAAAUUUAAUUAAUUUGACAAAAGAUCUGGAUAGAUCAAAAGACCAAUAUUAUAUCAUAAAUUAUACUCAAAUUGUAUGCAAUGGACUUGAUUUUGUUACUUUUUGUGUGAUAUCAGGUCGAGAUUUUGAAAUCGACUAUGUAAAUGACAUUUAUCCAAUGAUUAAUAGUUCAUACGAUGUAGGAAUUACAUCAAGACUUAUUGUAUUAGGCUUCCAAAUGAAUUUAGACAAGAGAAUUGUUUUUAAUUCGAUCAAUGACAUCAAACUCACCAAUUUCGUAUCAGAUCUCAUGACACAUCCAAUUAUUUAUCCAUAUGGUAUUCAAAACUUUGAAGAAAUUGUAAAUACGAAGCAGCCAAACUCAAAUUGGAGAUUUUUACUUUUGUUGACUUUGUUGACUGAGAAUUUUGAUGAAUUUUAUGAUAAAUUCUACACUUACAUCGAUCAGAUCCAUGAUAAACUUUUACCACCUUAUUUUGCAGUGACUUUGUCUGAUAUCUUAUCUUUUAAAAUGUCACUUUUUCCAGGAAGAGUUGCAAGUUUGUCACUUUUAUCGUUUGAAAUUUUGAAAUUGAUUUUUACUGAUGAUUUGAUAAUUUUUGAGACAAUGACUAGAUUGAUCGAUUCCCUUGUCGCGAUACAAGAUACAUCAGAACCGUCAGAACAAAUCGGCCAAGUUUGGGCGUUUUUAUCUGGAACACUUAGAAGUUUGAAGAGUUCUUCUUUUAAUGGAAAGAAAUUUAGAUUCUUAAAACGUCUAAAUGUUGCAUGCCAACAGAUUAAAAGACCUGAAAAUGCAACAUUUCAGAUUGUUGAAGAAAGUGAUGGCAAAAAUGAUGAUUUAUUCCAUUUCUCAAGCGAUUCCAGCAGUGACAGUGAAUUUGCAUCUGAUGAAGAAGAUAAAGGUGAUGAAUCAAGUGAGGACAUAUCAGAAAAAUCAUCUUAUUCAAGUCCUCCUUCAGAUUAA